AUGUCUGCACACGACAUCCACAAGGCCGUGCUCGCCCUGCCGCUGGCCACACGACGAGAGGUCGCCACCGCCCUCCUAUGGUCCCUCCCACGAGAUGAGAUUAUGCAUCUCCACCAACGGCUAGCGCGCAUGAUGCAAAAGGAUAUUGUCGGUCUCUUACCACCCGAGCUGAGCAUUCGCAUAUUGUCUAUGCUCGACGCCGACGACCUGCUGCAGUGCAAGCUGGUUAACCGGACAUGGGCACUGUUGUGUGACGACCAGACCAUAUGGCUCAAGCUCUGUCGGUCGCACUCCCCUCCCAUCGCUCCCGCGCAUACAACAUGGCAGGACCUCACGUUCCACCGCCAGCUGCUUCAGGCUGGCAAUGCCCCGACUGAAGAUUCGAGGACGUUUGGCGACGAGAGCUUCGAGUAUACUUCGGAUGACGAUGUCGGCGUGCCCUCCCCCAGGACGGGGCACCUUGUCCCAAGUGGCACAAGUACGCCCGGACCCCGAGGUCUGCCUCAUGGGUUGCGCCAGCUCGUGUGGGAACGUCCGCAGGGUGGUCUGCCCACAUACCAGAGAGCCUCGGCCACCGCGUCACCAUCUGCAUUUCCGCCCUCCGACUCGCCACAUGACCCGCCGAUUGCAUCACACUUGCACCUCCCGACUGUCCUGCCAAAGGUCAAUUACAAGCACCUGUACUUGGCGCGGCGAAUCCUCAGCCGCCGCAUGACCGACUCGCGACCAAGCGAUGUCGAAACGUCCGGCGGCAGCCGUCGUACGGGUUCAUGGAACCCGCGCGUCACGAUCCUCACCUCUGUGUCCUCGAGUACCGCCGGCGGGCUGCCUGGACACUCGGAGAGUAUCUACUCUCUCCAGCUCUUCCGUUACCACAUGAAGCUCACAAUGGUCACGGGCGAUCAAGACGACUUCAUGUACACGCUGCAAACCGCACUCAAUACUGUGUUCCCUUCACCAUCGUACGGCCAGACGGACGUGUUCGGAACACCUGUGUCUUCGAGCUGGCCCGGGAUCGGCAACCCCGGCGUUCCACGACCGCCGUCCACCACAAUGAUCAGCGGUCGCGACUGGCUCUUGUCCGGGUCGCGUGACCACACCCUCAGGCUGUGGCAAAUGGACUGCGAGACUCCGCGUGUGGUCAAGAUCUUCUCAGGCGGCCACACCGGAUCCAUUUUAACGCAUUUCGUUAUUGAGCUUGAGGAUCUUGAGCCUGCCGAGGUCAAGUCGGCGGGUUCGAGCCCAACCAAGACGAGCGGUGGUAGAUUCUCAAAGUCGCCGUCCAAGUCGCCCGGUCCUUCAGGCACACCGCGCCGUCGGAAGCGCCUGAUGGCACUUAGCGGUGGUAGUGACGGACGGAUCUGCCUUUGGGACUUGGAGCAUGGCAAUGGCACGCCAGAGAAGGUCAUCGAGGCGCACACCGACUCGGUUCUCUUCCUGCGCGGCGAUAAUGAGCGGCUCAUUAGCUGCUCGAAGGACCGUACUAUUCGGGUCUUUGACAUCCGUACCCUGGAGCGCAAGCUCGUCAUUACUGGCAGCAUGAAUGAUGACGGACACCGAGGAGCGGUCAACGCUGUGGGGCUAACGAAGGAUUUGAUCAUCUCUGCCUCAGGUGACCGCUCGAUCAAGGUGUGGGAUAUCAAUGACGGCCGCCUCCUCGCCACGAUUGAUGCCCAUGUCCGCGGCAUCUCGUGUAUCGGCUUUGAGCCCUACGCCUCGCCGCUAUCCGGAUGGAAGCAGGAGGUGCCAGGCUCUGUGCUCCGGGGCACCAUUGUAACCGGCUCGUCCGACUGGUCAAUCAAGACGUUCCACGUUGUCCAGUUGCCGCCCUCGGCAGAGGACAAUGAGACUCUGACCUUCCGCGACAUGCUGGGCUUUGACGAGCGCCUCCAGUCCGAGGUGUUAACCGGCACGAGACCCCGCAUCGUCAUCCAGCCAGGCGUUGUUUACCACGCUACCUGCUCAUGCCCCAUGCCCAUGACCCGCACAUCCCCAGCGGGCUGUUCUCGCUGCCUUAACAGAGGCCACACCGAGCUUGUCCGUAGCCUCCACCUCGGCGAGCAAGUCACCCUUUCUGCUAGUUACGACUCGACAAUCAAGAUGUGGGACCGCCAGACGGGCAGACUCAUCUUCGACUUUGAGGGCUGCCACUCGGGUCGUGUAUUCGCCAUCACUGGCAACCGUAUGCGCGUGGCGAGCUCGGGACUGGAUGCCCGUAUCGCCAUCGUCGACUUUUCUGAGGGCAUCGACACUGCCUUCAUCUGA